UCGCUCGUUCAACAGCCAAUGAGCUCGCGUAGGGGAAAUUUAAUGAUGGCUUCUUCAUUGCGUCGACUAAACCUAACACAAUAAUGACAUUCGACAGGCGCAAGCUACUAUGGUUAAGCCGUUCGUUACCAAACACGCUAACCUAUAGGUCGGGCGUCGCAAACACAAUGCGCAAGAUCGGCUGAAUCCCCCGUAAAAUUGAAGCAGACGACAAGCAGCACGAGCAGCGUCCGCGAGCGUCUGCAACCAUGAACAGUUGGAGUAAUCGGUGCGGUGGUCGACCACCCAUUUUCGAGUUUUAUGUCACCGAAUUCCCGCUGCCCGAAGAAGGGAACUUCAGAGCAAUAUGUAAGGUGUGCAACACGUCGAUCAGCGCUUCACGACGGGCCACGUCGAACCUCAUAUCGCACAUGAAGCGCAAGCACCCCGGGGUGUACCACGACAAUGGCGGGGGCGGAGUGGGGGCCCUGCCGCGCCCCUCGGACUCCGCGGCCCUGGCGCCCCUGGGAGGUCCCCCCAACCCCGUGCAGCAAUACGUGGACCAGCGGCAGCAGCAGGUGACGGAGGCCCUGGUGGACCUCCUUGCGGGGAGCCUGCUGGACCCCGGGCUGGUGGACACGCGCGAGUUUCGGCGCCUGCUCAGCCUGCUAGACUCCGGCUACGAGCCGCCUUCCGCCUCGCAGCUGGUCUACGGGCUCCUACCAGGGCGUCGCUGGGGGCUGCAGCAGCGGGCCAUGCUGCUGCUGGAGACGGCCCAGAGCGUGUCGCUGACCCAGGACGUGUGGCUGGGCCACACGAGCUGCGUGAGCGUGUGCGCCCACUUCAUCCUCAACUGGCGGCUGCGCACGGUGUUCCUGGCCGGUCGCUACUUCGUGGACGCAGACCCUUCGGAGAGCCUGCACCAGCUACUCACGGAGGCCCUGUCCCAGUAUGGCCUGGCGGACAAGGUGGCCCACGCGGCGGUGUACGGGGCGGCUGGGGUGGUGCGCAGCUUCCAGACCUGCCUGCCGGGCUUUUCGGCCUGCGAGGACGGGGCCGCCCUGCCCGGGGUGGCCGGGGCCCUGCCGGGGGCCGAGGGGGACUGGAGGCCGCCCCCCCUCGACUCCAAGGGGCCCUUUUGCCUCGAGGGGCUGGGCUGCUUCGCCGAGGCCCUCCAGCUCUGCGUGGCCGAGGGGCUGCAAGACGACCUCUGCCUGGAGGGUGCCGUCAACAAGGUGAGCGGACUGGUGGACCUGGCCCGCGCCCUGCCCCAAGGCACGCUGGACGGGGUCCGCCAGGCCGUGGAGUACGGCUGCUCCACGUGGCACGGCCAGCUGCGGGUAGUGCGCGCCACCGCCAACGCAUCCCUCGACACCCUCCAGCUGGCGGCCCCCGCCCUGGGCUUCGUGCCCGAGGACGUGGAGACGCUACGAGAGCUGGCCGAGCUCAUGGAGCCAUUUGAGGAGGCCUUCAACCUGAGCCGCGGAGAGGGUCGCAUCACCGCCAGCUACGUGGUGCCCUGCAUCCGAGGCCUCCGGGCGCACCUGGAGGCGGCCCGCCCCUUCCGGCUGGCCUCGGCCGCGGGGCGUCUGGCGGCGGCCCUCGGCAACCGGUUGGCCAAGUUCGAGGCCAGCGAGACCUUCGCGCUCUGUUCCAUGCUGGACCCCCGGUUCAAGCUGCGCUGGUGUUCGGAGGAGGCCGAGACGCGGCGGCUCACGGCGCUCCUGGGCGCCAAGAUCCGGCAGGCGGAGAGCGGCGGCGCCAACAACGGGGCGGGGGGCGGGGAGGACCCGCCGCGAGAGGAGCAGCGAAAGAGCAAGCUGUUCCGCUACAUGAGCGGCCCCGAGACGAGCCAGGGGGAGGGACCGGGGACGGCCGCGGCCCACCCCCAGUGCUGGGAGGUGAGCAGCUACCUGGCCACCCCGUGCCUGCCGGAGGGGGGCUGCCCGCUCGAGUUCUGGAGGCAGCACCAGGGACAGUACCCCAAGCUGGCCGCGAUGGCCGGCAGGAUGCUCGGCGUGCCGGCCACGGCCGCCCACGUCCUGCGCAUGUGCCGCGUCGGGGGCAGGGUGGCCAACCCGGCCGACUUCCGGCUCAACGGGGUCACCUUCGAGAACCUCAUGUUCAUCAAGUGCAACCAGGGGCUCAGGUAGGGCCAGGAAAGAAAGCGGCGUCCUUGUGGAACUCUUGCGUCAACCCGGGAGGGCCUGGUUCUGGUGCCGCUCGAAGGACUGGAGUGGCGCUCGUCCGAGACUCACUUCGGUGUGCUGGUCUAGUCUGCUCAAUUGCAGUCUGCUGGAGCGAUUACGUUGCCGGAGAGAUGGCGGCUGCCAAAGACAUCUUUUCUUUUUUUUUUUUUACAAAGAUGCGGUGAAGAGAUUGUGGGAAGGAACGUGGUAUUUCCACAACGUAGAGCGUCUUUUGGCUCUCGGAAACCUUUAGAAAUGUCCUUAAUGCAACCAUUGGUUUGGAGAUGUGGGAGUCGUUCGGCGGACCGUGUGAGAUUCCCCGUGGGUACAAGUAGGGCAUCUAGCUCGCGUAAAGCGAACCUGCCUCUUAUUUUAUUUUAUAAUGUAACGUAAAAGCUCCAUGAUUGAGCUUCCAGAUGACAGUUACGUUGGUAGAGACAUCGAAAAGUCAAGGUCCCUGGCCUCCCGCUAUGCUGGUGUGGGUGCUCCAUGCAAGGGGUCCCCACGGAGAAGCAAGUGCUACGCGCAAACGUGAAGACGCCGGCGGUGACGCGGGCAUCUUCCGGUGGCUGCGUCGGAUGCAAGCCACGCAAGGCAAAUGAUAAGGACCUCUUGCACCUGAACUGUUGUUUAUGCACGCUGCACUUCUCUUCCACGAGUGCACCUGGUCAGAUGGGUCUUGUACAUAGCCAGAGCCAUACUUCAUCUCACAUGUACCUGUACAAAGCAUUGCACACGCCAAUCUCUCCUGAGAUCAAAAAACAAUUUGUUAGCACCCAUUCGUUUUUGAGAUUUCGGCUUUCCCGCACUCGCGCGUAUGUGUCGAAUCCCCGUGUCACUCCUCUCGUCCCAGAGUCACUUUUCCAUCUGAUACGAGUUUCGCUACGGCGCGUGGAACGCGCCUUCAGCCAGGAUCAUGGUCGGCCACGGCGUGAAACUUUCACGACGUCGUUGGGCAAAAGUCAAAGGGCCACCCUUUAAGAUGUGCCAAGCGCGCCACUCGGAGACGCGUUCCGGGUGCCAUAUAGUUUUGCCGAAGAGGGAUCCUGGACUUUCGACAAGGCCCGCACGUGGUCGCAGCUUUAGAGACUGCAGAGUGCCUCUGCGUUGCUCGUGUGGCGUCCGCGGCGACACGAUGCACCCUGUGCCUGUCAAGCGAGUGAGUUGGAUCGCAUCCCUCUGGGUGCACGAUGGAUGCAAAAACCGUCGAAGAUGCCAAGCAUUUGAGUCGGUCGUACGCAUUGCCCGAAGCGAGGAGCAACGACGAGCCACCUUUUUUGGAUGCAGCCUAUUGCGGCCAAGCUGCGAUCGUAGCAAAGAGGAGGCAGACGAUGAGGUUGGUCCCUGAUCCAAAGCUAAAUAGGGAGACUCGCUCUGGUAGCGUGUCAUUGCUGUAAACCAGGGGUCUCAAACACGCAGCCCUUGAGCAUCCCGUGGCUGUGAGCCCCGUUCCCAUGCCUCAAGCACUACAUUCGCCGUAAAUAAUAGUGUCGUAUCGUAGAUUCAUUCCCGCUCGGAAAGGCGCUCCGCUCUGCUCAUACAAUGUGUUUGCAUAUUUUCCACUAUUUUGUUAUUUUGGACUUGGUAUUGCUUUGUCUAAAAAGGUGCUUCUUACGCAGCCCUUUCUCACAAAUCAACUGGAACGAAAAUACCUUUACUAGGCUACAAGCACGACCUUUACUGGGCUUCAAGCACGACCUUUACUAGGCUACAAGCUGCGUCCUUUACUCAAGGACGCAGCUUGACUGCAAGUACUGUUUCUCGGCAGGAGGGAUUGCCAAAAAUAAAGCUAAGAUCUCGAGCUUCUAGCCGUCAAACGGUACCAAUAAAAUCUUAAGAAUUCUCUUUUAAUGUUGCUAUAAAAAGUGCCGGAGAAGCAAAAACUGUUGUAUGAAGGGAUCAUAUUCCCAUUCCUUUUGAACCUAGUGAAUUGCGUGACAGGGUGAGAACAGUGAGCUUGCUCCCGUUCUAUCAAGAAAUGCCAGUUCAUUAGCAUUUGAAAUCUUUUUAUCACAUCAAUUGUGUGCCCAUAGUAGUCGUAUAAGCAAAUCAAAAGUAAAGAUGUCACUGGCAAGAUGGCGAGUUUACAGAAAGCACGAGGUUCCUCCCCUAGAAAACCGCUGAUGUGUCGCUGGGAGAGUCGGCUGCUUUGCAACAUGAAACACCAUUGCUGUAUUUUUUUUCCCAAAAGUUUAAAAAUAUAACCGCCCCCUUGUCGGCCCUCAACCUUUCGGGAGUGGGCUGUCUGGCCCCCACACUCGGACGAGUUUGAGACCCCUGGUGUAGACGGCCUCAGCUUUUUGAGCGAAGUGAGUUUGGCAAAAAUUUUCAGCAUCUCGACUAUCCUUCUUUAAGCCAUCCUGUGCACAUAUUCUCGUUUCAUAUACAUAUAUAUUUUAAUCUGCUCACGAAUGAAGCUUCAUGGGUGAGAACCAUGGAUGUGUAUGGUGUGUGGGCAACCACCUUUAACGGACACUUGCAGGCCAUAGCCCUCGAUAUAUCUCUGAAUCUCUGGUUCCAAAGUUCUGCUUGGUAUGUAUAAAAGCUAGGAUCUUAAAGUUGCAUACUGUUGCUGCUUUUUGUGUGGAAAAGCAUAGUACCAGCAUGCUCUCGUGUAAUUACUGCAUGAUGCGUGUUAACAAAAACCCAAGGUAGUGGUCAUACUGCACUGGCAUUCGACAAGCAUUGACGUAUCUCAAAGGCAGAUCAAUCUUCCUCCGUGUAAAUAAUUGUGGCAUUCGGUUUGCUUUUCUUAUUUAUUUUGUCCUUCCCAGGUGGGGUAUAAACUUUGAAAUGAGUUGGGCAACCUUUUGAGGGGUGCAACAGGAAAAGGGUAUAAAGAAGAAAAGAUUAGCAAUCAGCAUGUGGAUGGCCACCUUGAACUCUUGCAGCACGAAAGAAUAUGCCACAAAUUGCAGACACUUCAAACCUGAAUGUGAUCGUAGCAGAGUGGAGGCAGACAACAAGGUUGGUCCCUACUUUCAAUGAUUUUAAAAUUUAACAUGAUGCAUUUAACGAAUCGACACAGAAAAUAAUUUACAGUAUGUCUGGAACAAUUUUGACUCCUAUGGGGACAGCCCUGGUGACCCCCCCCCCAUCAGUGGGUCAUGUGUCUUUCUCUGCCACCGCUGACAGUUAGGUGGCACAACCUUCCGCUUGAUUCAGUAAUCAUUUGCAUGGGGUCAUCAGACUAAUCGCUAUCUGUUUCAUUUUCACUAGAUUUUGCGUGCUUUGUGAUCCUGUCUUCUUUGUGAUCUCUUCAUUCGCUAGUAGAAGCUCCAGAGGUUUUGAAACAAUUUUAGAUGUCCACAUGUGGUCUUGAUAUUAAUGUUUCUCUCUACGAGCGAGUGGACACAUUUAGAGCGCAGCUCUUAGGCGCCCGUUUCCGGCUCGAGCGGCGUCGGCGUCGCCGUCCGCAUAACUGCGCGGUGCAUUUAGGGUAAAUUUCCCCGCUAAAUCUAGCGGAAAAAUUUCCCUGGGGGGUCACGUAACCCGCCGAGGUCACGUGACACCCUCCAGGUCACGUGACCCCCCCCCCCCCCCUCAAUACCCUUCCCUACUCCUCCUCAAGAGCUGCGCUCUAAUUCGGCGUUACAGGGAGUUGUAAACGGCUUCCACUUUUUUUUCUUUCUUGCUAGCAGUAAUGUGGGUGAUCAUUACCGGCAAUUCUACUUUCAGUGCGAGUGUAUAUGUAGGUGUGGCCUUUCAAACAAAUGCUUUCUGUAAUUAUAAAAGGGUAGAUCCACUCAGUUCCAAAAAGUUCCAGGAUGGCAGAUGAUUUCACACUAAUAAGUACUAAUGAGUGGCCCUACGUUGCUUUGUUCACAAUGAGAAAAUAUGUUUUGUGCGGCCUCGCUUUCGACAUGAUCAGAAAUUGAACUUUGGUUCUGACGGACAACAUUGGUCUCGCGUUGUCAGAUAUGUUUCUAACCACGUGAUACAAGCUGGCGCCACCUUCAGGUUUUGCCUGAAAAGUGAUAGCACAAGAAGGGGUAAAGUCUUUGUCAUAGUAAAAGCUCAGUGUUGGGUGUGCUACGACUACACUGCUGACUGCGCUUAUGAUUGCACCGCAUGUCGCUCACUAGAAUUUGCAGAUUGCGGCAGCUUGGCACAGGUCGGACUUUACUGGCCCAUUUAAUAAACAUCUAGAUUCUCAUCUUUGACUUUAAUAAUGAACCCAAAGUGGAAUAUCCCUUGAGCGAAACCAUGCAUCGGAUCUCAAUUGUACGUCGGGCUUGAUUAUUGUUGAAACUUGAAUGGCAUUUGUCAAACCUCAAUUUCACUAGAUCCUUUAAAAAAAACAACUAGAAAAACAUGUUACAACAGUUUGGGCACUCUACCAUUGAAGCUAUACGUGUCGUCAGUGUACUGCGAGGCAAAAUUUACUUUGCCACCGAACUCAGUAACAUACAUUGACCAUCGCAGUUUGUUUCUUGUCUGUGUUGUCGAAAGCUGUUGUACCGCGGGAAAAUUGUCGCCAUCGUCCGUGUCGUGCUGCUAUUUCUGCACUUUUACACUCAGGCGACCGAGCAAAUGACCAACAAGUUAACUGCUUGUCGAUGAACACAAAGUGUGACAGGAUAGUAAGGAAUCUUGAGAACUCGCUUGCAGCAGGUGUUUUUCUUUAUACGUUCUUGCACUACGAUCGCAGUCAAAUAUUCAGUUAGUGCACAUUCACGUGACUCGGCAUUUUCCCGUAAUUGGCCUAGUUUUGGACUGUCGCACAUUCCGAAAAAAGUCUCAUUGGACAUUCCACGAAUCUGGGAAGGUGGGCCAAGCGUCGGUUCUCUUCAUCCGGCACUAUUCAUUCGGAAGAAAGGGGUGGCAGCCUUUCGGAAUUGCAUGGCAUGCGGAACACUUUAUCGGGUGCACCCUUCGCUCGUAUUAUGGUGGCUGGAACACUUCAACUCUUGCCUUUGGCGUCCCACGCUGCUUGUGUAUCGAAAGUGUCGACAAAUGACGUCGCGGGAGUCGGUGCGACACGCCGUCUGAUGUCACGCUCCCGGCGGUCAAUCAUAGAAGUUUCGGCAAAAAAGUAUGUUGGUGUCACUGUCGUCACGGCGCUCCGACCAUUGACUGUCGAAUCUUCUUUUGAACGUCGAGCUGGAGCGAAACUUGCAGCAGAGCAGGGCGCCUGCUACAUUUGCCUUCGCUGCUGCGAUCUGGCCAGGGUCUUAAAAAGGCACGACAGGGGUGUAACGUUGCCGGGCUAAGAAUCGAGGGACCGGAACUGAGAACGGUGUAAACUCACAAGUUGGAGAGGAGUUCCAGGCACCACGUGGGUUUGCAAAAAGGACUACAGGAGGCAGCUUGACUUCUUGAAUGUGAUUAGCUCUUGCUCGCUUAUUUUUUGCUACAGCUCACGCAUUCUGGGAAAUUACUGCUUCUUUGUCUCUACAGAGCACCAUUGCAGCACCUUCUGGUAGUUGCCGGAGAAACGUCGAGAGUUACUGCUGUAGUUUGAAACACACUGACAUGCAGCAUACGACACAGCCUCCAUCUUGAGAGCGAUUUUGGGAGCAGCUCGAUCUGCGUGUUGCGGCCAGCGUGCACGCCCUCGGCGCGCCGCGUUUUCUUAUUGUUCCCAUUUCAGAGAAAUGCCAUUUUCAUGGUGGGGAUGAUAGUAUCGCUAUGCUGCGAGGAACUGCUGUAGUCAUUCUUUGGUGGGCCUUUGGAGCUGUGUUGGGGGAAUUACAACUUUUUAAGUAUAUACUUCAUUUGCAAAUCAUGCGUGUCAUUUUUGAAAACUCAUUUCUUUGUUUUCUUCGGGACAUAUGUCAUUGGCUCUGCUCAUUGUCCAAAGCUGUUAAAUGUCAACAGUCUCGGAGGAUGUGAGAGCCGCUUUUCUUUUAAAGAUGGAGGUUUGGUCUGCCUUUGGUGUUGCCCCCGCGUGUUCGUUGCGUUGCACCCGUCCCAAAUUGCUCCGCAAGACUUGGGAACUAACAGCUUCGGGACAUUCGAGGGUCUCAAAGCGGUCCCAGAAACAAAGCCCAUGCGCACUAAAUAUAGCCAGUGACUCUGGUUUAAAAGCAACCUGUUCUCUUUUCAAGACCUGUAUCAAACUUUAGCUGCCUCAGAAAAAAAAGCAAUGUUCCUGUGAGAGCGAGCAGUACACGGUGCACUGCAUAAGCCUAAUAUCUGUGGCCUUGUAUGCAAUGCUACUGACAAACUAAGACACAAAAAAGACACUUUGGGGGUGGUGCAUUCGGUUAGCAGAAAUGUGAUUGCUGUUUUUUUUUGUUUUUUUUCUAUUUCCCUUCGGAAUUGAAAGAUUCUCAUCAAAACUACUAAUGCGGUGGUGAGUGAUUGUGAAGGGCUCCACCUUAAGUUGUAAGACUUGGCGCUCGUCAAUACCCUGUUUUAGCAAGAUGUGAAAAGUGCCGAUGUCGCAUACACGCUAACUGUGUCGUGUGGUCUAGCGCGUAAAGAUAGAAAGUAUGAUCUAGCUGGGUGACUUUGAAGCACAUAAAACCAAAUGUGACUGUGUUUGGCAAAGCCAGAGUACUGCCUCUUAGUGUGUGGAGAGUCGCAAUCUUCAAGAUGCCGAUGUGAUGCGACUUCGCUCCUCGCGUUGAUCAGCCGGUCAUCGAUCGCAUGGAUGCUGGCAACAAACUGUCCUCUUUGCUUCCUCCAUUGGCCCGCUGCUUUUCAUCAGCUGUCGCACCAAAUCCUCGUGAGGGCAUGCUGGUAUAUGCCUUUGCUUUCCUCAAGUUGCCAAAGUACACAAUCUUUUGGUGUGUGAGGUACUGCACCGUGUAUCCAAGACACCGCUCCGUUCCCUCUUCCGUGCUCUGUGUUGUAGGUGCCAUUGCACUACAAAGUGAUUCCUUAUGACGUGUGUCCAACAUAUUUCCCGAUAGUCUGUUGUACACGAAUCGCCGCGGCGAAAAACGCUGCAGCUAUGGAGGUCGCUUUUCAUAAUCAAACUCGCCUUUGUCAGUUUUAGUUUUUUGCGGUUUGUGCACUUGGACGCUUGCUUUUGGACGGAGUGUUGUUGACAAACUUUGUGAGUGGAAGUGACAGUUCCCUGCUGUUUUUUUUUAUUUUCAUUUUUGGUGCAACGAAUGGGUUUGCUCUGAGCUAGAGUUUGAAAAGCGCACAUACAGUUUUGGUAGUUGCCAAACACUUCCCGUGUCCCGAAGGUUAUGUUUGGGGAGUUCUCAUUUCAUGUGAUUGUGAAAGAAACUGCUGAGCAGUCUUUGUAGCUCUGCUUGUAGCUUGCCGAUCUGAUCGCUGUGUGAUAAAACGAUUGAAGAGUGGAUGUCCCGCUGGCGGACGCGCAUAUUUCCCCGAUUAUUUUAGGUGUGUGCACCCCCUUAUUUAUUGGCCUGCAACGGUUGCAUGUGCCACGCAUUAGCUAUGUGUCAGAUGUGUGGACGCUCUCUUUUGUUCUUGGAAGACCAGAGUGUUUUUUACAGUUUUAUAAGCGCCUUACACUAAGGUGUCGGUCUGCGGACAAGCGUGGCUCUGGGAAAUAAAGAGAAAGUAAUUUAAGUUAUGUC